AAAAAAAUGCCGGUACUGCAACUUGUCACACGCGCCAAGAAAGUGUCCGGCGUACGGCAAAAUAUGCAACAACUGCAUGAAGCCUAAUCACUUCGCCGCCUGCUGUACGAGCAACCGAGCAGCAGUUGAUGACGUGGUCGACGGAGUGGAGAGCGACGGUGACUUCGACGUUCUGGAGAUCAGGACAACGGAAAGCAAGCGUGGUCACGAAAGUCGCGAUUGGGUUGUAACAACGAACAUUGAAGGAAAGCAGGUGCAGCUGAAGGUCGACACCGGAGCGCAGGCCAACUUGAUGCCGCGUUCGCUGUUCAACAGGCUCGGUACUAAACAGCAGCCGUACCCCACGAGGAGCAUCUUGCGUCAUUAUGGGGGUGGUGAAAUACCACACUGUGGAAAGGUUCGCCUCGCCGUGCAGUUAGACAAGCGACACGUUCUGCUGGAGUUCUUCAUAGUAAAGAAGAAGCAAGCAAUUUUGGGCCUCGAGGCUAGUGAGCAACUUGGUCUGGUCAACAGAGUCAACGCGGUGGACAACAGCGACGGAUACGCAAGCCUAAAGCAGACAUAUCCAAGACUAUUCACCGGCAUUGGAAGGACGCGGCGCGAGUACAAAAUGGUGCUUCGAGAGGACGCUGUCCCCGUAGUACAGCCAACCCGGCGCGUGCCUUACGCACUCAGAAAGCCACUCAAGAAAGAGCUCGACCGGAUGUGUGCCGCGAACAUCAUUGAGAAAGUGGAAGAGCCGUCGGACUGGUAUGUUCCAGGCAGCAAAUUAGUUGUUGCUGACACCUUGUCAAGAAUCCCCGCACAGGAACACCCAGGCAAGGGCACAACAGAUGUUGAAGUUCAUGCUGUUGGCGUCCUUACUUCAAGUGUGGGUCCAGCCACCCUCUCCCGUCUGCAGGCAGCAACGGCCAGUGAUGAAACGCUGCAAGAUGUCAUUUUGAGAUUGCAGUCGUCAAUCCCACAUACAAUUUCAAGUCCGCAUUUUCCCAGAUCCAACGGACUCGCCGAGAAGGGCGUCCAAGUGAUCAAGCGCAUUCUGGACAAGACGGAGAGGAGUAAAGAGGAUUUCUAUUUGGGCCUUCUGAACUACAGGGUGUGUCCUCUUGAGGAUGGCCGGUCGCCAUCAGAGCUGCUGAUGGGACGAAGUCUCAGAACGCUGCUUCCAGAUUUCUCAGUGUCACCCCCAAGGCCCGGCCCGCAGAGCGGUAGCCGCAAGUGGAGUCCCAGGCCCCCUGGACUCCUGGACAUCCCGCCACCAUUCAACAAUCUCCGAUUACCCGUAGUGUCUGCGCAGCAACAUUGCUGCUAA